AUGAGCGCCACAGGGUCUGGAAGCUCCGCUGGAGCGACUGGCACCACCGGAGCCGGAGCUGGAAGCAGCACCGGAGGUGGGACCGACGCCAUGUCAGGCAUUACCAAUCCUUCAUCCGCAGGACGCGGUGGGGGCAGAGGUAGCAGAGGUGGCAGAGGAGGUCAAUUUGGUGGCAGGAGGCAACCAAACCAAACCCCAGCACCUAGGAAAUUCACGGGGAAGUCCCCAACACUAGAAGGGUAUAUCUAUGACCUAACUACACCAACCGCCACAGCUGCAGCAUUCUAUGACACCACGAUGGAGAUUGCAGAGCUUGUAGGAAGGACCUAUACGAAAGGUAACUACACAAAGCUCGAAAUCGAAUCCCUAACAUCACAAGACCUAGAUAGACCAAAGCUGCCCAUGGAGGCAGACGGCACUACAGCAUCAACGGAUGAGGUGGACCUCGCCAUCUUCAAGCAAGAAGUGGCCGCGUAUGUCAAAGGAGCCGACAAACUCAAGGAAAACAGGCAGAAUGCAUUCUCAUUGAUCUGGGGACAGUGUAGUGAGACACUGCGAGCCAAGGUACAAGCCAGUGCGGACCUACCAGCACUGAACAAGUCAGCCAACGUGAUUGGACUGCUACAGGCGAUCAGAAGCGUAAUGCUACAAUUUCAGACACGGAAGUAUCAGCCCCUAGCCAUACUGGAAAGCAAAAGGAGGGCGAUGACCUUCCGCCAGGGAGACAAGUCCGUGGAAGAGUACUACAGGCUAUUCAAACAGAAGAUUGAAGCAACAGAGCACAACGGCGGAUGCUUCGGGUAUGAGACGAGCCUCGUGCAGGUAGCUCUUCCCGCAAACACGUCAAUGAAGACGCAACAUCGGCAGAGCUCGCAAAAGCAAUGGAACAAGUACGAGAAGAAACGCUGUCAUCCAUGUUCCUGUCCAACGCAGACGACGGAAGAUUUUCCGACCUCAAGAUUGACCUCGAGAACGAAUUCACUCGGGGAGACAACAAUUACCCAAAGAACCUCGCUGACGCAUACGCAAGGCUUGACGGAUACCGCGUCAACGUCAAGCCAAGAACGCAAAACAGCGGAACAACAGGCGUGGCGACGCAGGUGGCAUUCGCGACAGACGGGGAAGAGACAGUUCCCGGCACAAACGGCCGCACGUACGCACACAUUGAAUGCAACAGAUGCCACCGACACGGUCAUUACGCGAACAAAUGCCCAGACAGUGGUGAAGCAACAGACGCAAAUGGAGUCGCCCUACUCAUGGAUGCAUACGAUGAUGGGGAGUUAUCCGACUUUUCGUAUUCAUUCCACGUGGAUGUCGUGCUUAUCAACGCGAAGCAGACGAGGAUUCCGAAGCACUGGAUCCUACUCGACAACCAAAGCACCGUGA